AGCUGAUACGAGACCGGAAGUGAGCCCUCUUUAGACGAUUGCUAAUGCUAAUGGCCCGGAACGGUAAAGUAGCACUCCGAAGAUGGCCGGGGUGUUUGAGGUGGAGGUUGACGGUGUAGAGCACGACCAUGGAUUGGAGCAUCACAAUGACCCUAACCAGUUUGAUCCAUCCAAGCUUUCACCAGAAGAAAAAUGGAGGGUGGAGCAUGCAAAAAUGCAUGCCAAGCACAAAGGCCAUGAGGCCAUGCAUGCAGAGAUGGUGCUGAUCCUCAUUGUCACCCUGGUCGUUACCCAGCUAGUUCUUGUACAGUGGAAGCAGAGACAUCCAAAGUCUUACAAUCUGGUGACUCUGUUCCAGAUGUGGGUAGUUCCUCUCUACUUUACUACCAAACUCCAUUGGUGGAGAUUCCUGUCCACAUGGUUUAUCUUCACUGUCAUCACAGCAUACAUCUCCUACCGUGCCACUCGCAAGCCGCUGGCCUGCACCACACCGAGGUUGGUGUACAAGUGGUUUCUUCUUCUGUACAAGAUCAGUUAUGCCACAGGAAUAGUUGGCUACAGCGUCGUCAUGUUUACACUUUUUGGUAUUCAUGUAAUAUUCAGGAUAAAGCCGGAGGAUGCAAUGGACUUUGGUGUUUCAUUGCUGUUCUACGGGCUGUACUAUGGUGUCCUGGGAAGGGAUUUUGCAGAAUUAUGUGCAGACUUCAUGGCUUCGACUGUUGGUUUUUACAGUGCAUCAGGCAUGCCAACCAAGCACCUCUCUGACAGUAUCUGUGCUGUGUGUGGUCAGCCCAUUCUUGUAGAUGUCAGUGAGGAAGGGAUUAUUGAGAACACGUACAGACUAUCCUGCAACCAUGUGUUCCACGAGUUCUGCAUAAGAGGAUGGUGUAUCGUUGGAAAGAAGCAAAUGUGCCCAUACUGCAAGGAGAAGGUGGAUCUGAAGAGAAUGUUCAGUAACCCCUGGGAAAGGCCACAUGUUAUGUAUGGACAACUUUUAGACUGGCUUCGAUACUUGGUGGCCUGGCAGCCGGUUAUUAUUGGGUUUGUGCAAGGUAUUAACUACGUCCUCGGUCUGGAGUGACCUGUGACUGGCUCAGAUGGACAAAGAUACCAUGUGGAGAAGAUGUGCAUUGGCUCAAAAGACUGUGGGCCUAACACUGAACUAAAACAGCAGUAAAAGUGUCUAUACUUUCUGUAAAUAUUUAUAGGCACAUAUCUGUAUUUACGUUUUUUUUUUGGAUUUUAUUAGUAAUCUGAUUCUGGGUGUCAGUUUUUCAGGGUUUUCUUUACACAGCUUUUGACUCUAGUGAUUGGGCCGUUCAUUUUAUGGACUAGUAAAGCAGUUCUCAACAUCAUUAAAGAGGUGCGUUUUACUAAUUUAUAUCUUAAGUGUCAGAAAUUAAAGGAGCAGGCUGGAAUUUGUCAUCCUUAUAUCUGAAGGAUAUCACACAUGAGUAAUAAAUAUUGAAUUGAAACUAGCCUAAGGCAUUGCUUCCACCCUAAACAUCACUUAUUAACAACGGUUACGUAUUUUGAACUAGUGACAUUUUGUAAUGACUGACAGUCAUGCCUUAUGAUUGGAGGCGUUGUCAUCUCUGGGAAAAACCACAUGUCAUACUUGCAGAAUACAUCACAGUAUUUGUUUUGAGUGUCACUUCUUUUCAGAUUGUACCCAUGGAAACUGAUCCUUCAACAGGCAAAACUAACAUGUUUCCAACUUUACCCCUUAUACAAUAUUGGUUAUUGGAGUCUCCUUCAUUGGGCUGGAAUAGCAGCACAAGUCUUAUUAACAAUGACCAAAUAAAAAAGGAAUUAAAAAAAAUCUGUGUAAUUUUGGUAUUCCUGUGAUCUUAGUUAAAUGAGCUGAAGAGGAUGGAAAAAAAAUCCAGAAUGAUCCUUUAACUCCACAAAUGUGCUGGCAGUGAUACAGACCAACGGGUACAAGAGUGUGGUGGUCAGUGGUCUUUUGUCACUUCCUGAGACUUCUUCACCAGCUCCAUAAUGAGGCCAUGUAUGUUUAAAAUGUAUUUUUUCUAAUUUUUUUCAAAAUCAGUUAAUAAAUACCACUUGGUUUAGAUUGCA